AUGUCUGAUCUACUUAGUUUAACAGAAGACGAAGAUAUGAGAAUGAAGCAGGUAGUGAAUGAAGAAGAGACACAAGAACAAGAAGCGUUAAUUGAGGAUACUCCAUUACAAAAUUCGUUUAGUGACUUGGAGAAUGAACUUGAACAGCAGCUAAAAAUUGAACUAAAAGAAGAGUUUUUAGAAGAACAACAGAGUGAGGAGAUCCCUGAAAUUACUGAUGACUUAACUUUUGAAGAUUUACAGAAGGUAUACAAUCAAUAUCAAAAUAAAUUCAAAUUAGCUUAUUCAAAGUCAAAAAGAUUAUUUGAUAGUGAAAAAAAUCAACGAUUAACACUAUAUUAUAUGCAUAGAAGGAAUCAAAUAUUAUUAAACAUAUUAGCAGACUCAGAAGGAGGCGAACUAAUAGAAGGAAGGGACAUAAAUGAUGAAGAAAUAUUUCAUAUCUUGAAUAAAUUGGAUGAUAAAUCCAUAAGUUCAUCGUUUGAUGAAUUAAUAUCGAAAGGUAAGAUAGACAAAAAUUUGAUCUUUAAUUUAUAUUUAACUGAAAAAAUUCCAGAUUUGAUAAAUGAUGAUUUAAUUAAUUGUGAAAUUAAUCCAUUAAAUACCGAAAAUUGGUGUAUUAGAAAUUUAAACAAUUUGGUAAAUUUAAAACAUAAACCAAUUACAAUAGAAGAUGAAGAGAUUUUGGAUGAGUAUAAGGGGAAGGAUUUUAAUCUAGGUUUAUAUAAUGAGAUCAAAGAUCAAGAAAAAGAUAUUAUGGAAGAAAUUCCAAUCAUUCAACAAGAAAUUAAUAUAAAUGCUUCGACCCCAAAUACUAAAAAAAAACGCAAAACAAAAUAA